CCCCUGGCCGGGCGCUGCGGGUGGCUCAGGACUGCCCUCCUCCCCAGGUGCGAGGUGCGGCCGGGACCCGAGUUCCUCACCCGAUCCUACCUCUUCUACGCCAACCGCCUCUUCAAGGCUUACCAGUUCUACUACUGGGACCCCUCCUGCCGCGACCCCUCCUACUCGCUGGUCAUCAAGGGCAAGCUCCGGCUGCGCCAGGCCUCCUGGAUCACCCGCGGGGCCACCGAGGCCGACUACCACCUCCACAAAGUGGGCAUCGUUUUCCACAGCCAGAAAGCCAUGCGGGAGGUGGCCUCCUGGAUCAACCAGACCUCGGGCGAGGGCUGCAGCGGGUUCCUGCCCCCCGGCCGCACCUGGGCUCCCGGAGCCCUCUACGAACUGCUGAGCGCCAAGACCGAGCGCGACUGCACCGCCGCCCUGGGCUUUGCCAUGCACGAGCUCAGCCUGGUGCGGGUGGAGAAGCAUUACCAGCCCUUGCUGCAGGCGCAGCAGAGCGGGAGCCGGCUGGUGGAGGAGCUGUACCUGGGGGACAUUCACACGGAGUGGGUGGAGAGGCUCCACUACCGACCGACCGGUUAUCAGCGACCUAUGCAGAGUGCCGUGCACCAUGUGCAUCCUUGCCCAGCCUGCGGGAUUAUAUACAGAGCUGAUGAGCACCACCCCCCCAUACUGCCUGUCAGGGCUCAGCUGCCGAUGCAGCUCAGCGGCAGCUGGGUGAGCACCCACUGCGAGGUGCGGCCCGCGGUGCUUUUCCUUACCAGGUACUUCAUAUUCCAUGGUAACAACCACACCUGGGAAGGUUAUUACUACCACUACUCCGACCCACUCUGCAAGCAGCCAACUUUCACCAUCUAUGCAUCCGGGCAUUACACCCAAGGCAUCCCCUCCUCCAAAGUGAGAGGUGGCACCGAGCUGGCUUUUAAAGUCACCCAGGCUCGGGUGAUGCCGAUGGACCAGGUGACGGUGAUGAUGCUGAACUCCUCCGAACCUGGAAGCUGUGGGCUGACCAGCUCCUGGAGUGCUGGGGUGGAGCAGGAUAUAACACCCACAAAUGGAUGUUUGGCUCUGGGCAUCAGGCUGCCCCACACGGAGUAUGAAUUGUUCAAAACGGAGCAAGACAUGAAGGACCGCAGCCUGCUCUACAUCGGCGAGAGGCCCACGGAUGGCUCCAGCCCUGACAGGCCGGACAAGCGACCCACGUCGUACCAGGCACCUCUGAUUCAGUGUGCUGGAGCGUCGGAGGAAUUUUCUAACUAUGUUAGUCUGAAAUACUUGGGAAGCAAGGAUGCUAAUGGGAAUGAAGCACUAAAACCUUUGCCUGUGGCCUUUUUAUUGUUUAUAGCACUUCUGUUUUUAAGAUGGGACUAGUUAUCUAUUCAGGUACAGCACAGAAUUCAGACAGUCUUGGUGCUAGUGUGAUUUUUAUAUCCUUCAAAUGAGCACAUCUGGAAUCAGUUUUACUCAGAUUUGGAAACACUUUUUAAAAACACCCAGCAACAGCAAACUAAGACAAGAAGAUACGCCUGGCUACAUACUGUUUGUCUGUGGCUUUAUUGCCUAAUCUCCCCUCUUUGCGUACAAAUUUAAUGUAGUGACAUGGAUGCGCUGCACAUUGCAAUAGAUAAUUUAGCAAUAUGGGGGGGGGAGAAAGAGCAACAUCAAUUACAGUUGCUGCUUUGAGCUUUUGACAUUGCUAAGAUUUAAUCAAGAGCUCGAUUCAGAUGUAAUUCAAACAUCCGAAGUGUCAGCUGCUGAGUUUCUUUGAGGUUAAGCUCCCUCCCAUCAUACUCCUUAUUGCUGUUCUUGCAAAUUUAAUCUGCAGAGUCAGGCAGCAAUAAACAGUCAGCAAGUGUUCUUGAUAAGGGCAGAGUUAAUCAUGCCUUUCUCAGUUUACAGACAUUUUCUGCAGUUUUUGUGUGUAUGUACGCACACAAAGAUGCAACAUACAAUCUUCCACUUAGGUACGUACAAAAAGCAGCCCUCACAGAGAGUUACCUCGACAGACUGUUAUACCUGACCCUGGUCAUAAACGAAGAUACAGCAAAUGGAAAAUGCUCCGUGCACAACCACUCCAACCUUCAGCAUUCCCCACCUGCAGACACCACCCUGGCUGCAUCAUUCUGGCUUUCCCAGUGCAAUACUGGCCUGCGCUCCGGUACGUGUCAGCCGUGGCCCCGGGUCGCUGCCCGCCUCGUCCAGCAGCCACAGGCACUGCCAGGCAGUUGCCACCCCCAUGCGCCCUGCACUGAGCGAAGCAAAAUAUCACAAGUCUUCUUAGGCAUGGAUUUUCACUGUCUCCUUUUCACUAAGUGUCCUGGCACACCAGUUGUUAAUCCAGCUCUCCUUUCAAUGAAAAUGUAACUUCCAGAUUCAUUCCUGUAAAGAUGUUUUAUAAAUCUGCCUCUAGUGAACAAUGGGCUGAGGAGAUACUCGAAUCAGACAGCACAGGUCAAACUGAUUUCUACUGACACGAAGGACAAACUAAGAAAUUAUAUUCCCUGUCUGCUGCAGCUAAGAAGCAUUUAAGUCACUUGGAGAAGCCGUCCUCACAGUAGCUAAAUCCUCUCCAAAUAAGCCUAUAUAUCUUACUCACAAAAGAAACUUGUUAAACCAGCUAUGCAAUAGCUACCAUCUUAAUGCUGUAUUUACAAACUUGCAGCUUGUACUUAGCUAAAUUAUGGGUUUUAUAACAAAAAUACUUCUGGGGGAUCUGUACAUUAACUGAUAAUUCAAAUGAGAUGCUUAUUAAAUGCAUACAGUUGUGACAUAAACGUUGUCAGCAUGCUUGCAUGUUCCAGGUGUGAUUAAAUGUUAUCACGCACAUGAACAGUCACACUUUUAAAAUGAUACACAAAAUGCCAAGCGCGGCUUCAUCACCUCCAGUUCCCUCUGCCAUCAGUGGAGAAGGAAAAUUCUCCAGGGGUUAGUUCAGCAGGCAAAAUACCUCCUGGUUUCUAAGGGUGGUUGUGUUUUGUUGCCUGCUACUGCCUGUAGAUCCACAGGCAAAUGUUUUGAGGAACGGGAAGCGCAUCUUGGAGAACGCGGCAUCUCCUCUGGGAUGUCCCAGCUGAGGUGCUGUGGAUCAGGGCAGGUCCGGGGUGGCAGAGCUGCACCUCAUACAGGUAGCAGAACGUUUUCUUCAGCAGAGCAGUUCCCCAGCACCAUGCUAGAGCCGCCACGCAGAGCAGCAGGGAGGAAGGUUCCUGUGGCUCAAAGCAGCAGAGCUGCACAUUCCUGCAGGACCCAGAGAUGUCCGUGGCAAGAACAGGGAACAGCCUUGUGCUGUCUCUGGGCGAGUGGAGGAGAGGGAAGGCAAUUCCCACCCUACAUUUACCCCCAAGAAUGAGAUUUGUGUGCGGAUACUUUUUUGUUUUCAUUUACACAGUAUGGAAAUACAUUAAACUUAGCAAGUACUCAGCUAUUGCAUGGUGCGAAAACUCAAACGACCACAGAUCCUUUCAAGGUGGUGAUGGGACUAACAUGAUGUAACAAGUUAACAAGACACCACCACGUACUUCCACAACGUAUGCAACAAGCACUCGAGAAGGCUCCCACCUCCUCCGGCAGCAGCUCCGGAGGCUGACACAGCUCCACGGCUCCGCAUGAGGGGUGGGCUGUGCCGGCUGAAAGCCUCACCAGGAGCCUCUGUGCUCCCCUUAACCCCCUUUAAGUAUACUUCUGAAAGAAAAAAAAAAAGUCAUGGAAAAAGCUAUUUGCAUAAAUAUCAUAACUUUUAUUGUUCUGUUCACAGUUUUUGGAGAAACAUUCCUAAAUUACACAAGUUAUUAUCCCUUAAGAAUUUGUGCCUUUUUCCAAUUCGAAUUUGCCUGGCUUUGACUGCCAGUCAGUGAUUCUUGUGUUGCUCUUUUUAAGAUCAGAGAGCUGCAGUGUUCAGUAUUUUCUCCCCAUGAAGGUACUUGUGCACUGUAAUCAAGACAUUCUCAAUUUUGGUAGAUAAACUCAGCCAACCGAGUUCUCUCUCUCACCCUCUCUAAGGCAUUUUCACAUUCCACCAGUAAUUUUUGAAUCUUUUUUUGCAUCCAUUCCAAUUACUCAGCUUCUCUUUUAAAAUGUAAAUAUCCAAAUUGCAUCCAAAAUUCCCAACUCUCACAGCUGAGACAUACAGAAGUAUAAUCACUUACUGCUAACGGUAAUUAAAAACAAGAACACAUUCAUUACUUUCACCCUGGGACUGCACUGGGAACAUGUGGAGCUGUUACUCACUCUGGUUCUGGGUAUGGGUAUUUUUGUCAUGUUAACAUUUUAUCAGUAAUGAUUCUGGAUCUAUUUUCAGCAGUGAUUAUGAACCACUGAAUCUCUUGGGUCCCAGCAGGACCCUUCUCUGAGCCUCCCCCCAUUUCAUUAGGUUCUCUUUGAACAACCACUUCUGAAAGGUGUGAUUGUCAGAAAACACCAAGCUUUGCAGGGGCCCAGAUGGACUCAGUUCACUCAAAGAAAACUGAAAAAGAACAAAAUGACUUACAUUACGCUCCUGCAUUCACACUCAUCGCCUUUUGCAUCCCUUCCCUGGGGGUGGCAGAUAGCUCGGCCCCCUUUGCCAUCCUCUCAUCAGGUCAGAGACUGCCCCAGGCAGCUCCCUUAGAAAUACUGACACGAGGUUUCUAGACCUACUGAAUUUAGAAAUGUUAAUUUUUAAUAUUAAGAACUGCUAGUGAAUGAAAUCACCUUUCCAGUUCUCUUCCAUCAUCACUAGCAGUUUUACCACCUGCAUCUAGCAACGGCCCUUAUCCUACCAUGGAUUUACUCCGAACUUCUGCUCUUUAUCACCCUCUCCAAGCACUCCCACCCAUGUAUUUUUCUUUUCCUUUGGCUAUUGCUUUCUUAUGCACUCCCACCCAUGUAUUUUUCUUCUCCUUUGGCUACUGCUUUCCUUAUUAAUUUUCUACACUUCGUAACUCUCAUUUUGAGUUGAUUGCUGUCUGCUUCCCCCUUUCUUAUUUGUUUUAUAUUACUUUACAUCUAAUUUUCCCCUUCAUUUCAUCACUGAAACAGGAUGGGCGGUCAGCCAAAGUUGUCUCCCUUCUCGACUGCAAAAUUAUUGGGGUUUUGGCCAUUUAAUACCUUUCACUUAGAAAACUGCCAAUUCUAAUUCAGUUUUCCAUCUAAUUUCUUCUUCACUACCAGACUUGAUAAGAAAUUUGCUCAGCUAUGCCCUUUUGAAGCACCAAUUACAUUUAUUAGCAGUCUGCGUAGCUGUAUGCCUAGCUCCAAUGUAAUCAGGAUUCCAACUUCUAGUUCUGCAAUUCAUUUAUCUUCAUCUGACAUAAGCAAGACAAGACCAAGUAACUUCAAGUUUCAUGUCUAACACUGCAUUAGAAAAACAGGUCUAGGAUACAGACAAUGAACAUUAGUCCUGACUACCGGGUUCCUUUCAACUGUAAAAUAAAUAUGUAUCUUUGUAUUGUGCCUAUGAAGAAAAACCAAGUGAGCGUGCACUGACAGCUCAGUACCAGCUGAAAGUCAAUAGUAACAGGCACAUGUGUUUUGGUGAACUCAUCCCCAUUCACUUCUUAUAUAAUACUUCCCAAAAGUUUAAUAAUUUUUUAACCACUCCCAAAACCAGAGAAAAAUAAAAUAAAUUUCAAAUACUCUGAAUAUAUAUACUAGCUUCCUACACGGAGUCUGAGAAUGGAAGUCUUUUGUACCUUCUUGAAUAAGCUACUCAGACAAGUUGCCUUUGCAAUUUUCUGCUUCUCUAGCAGGCACAAAAAUUUAAAGCAUGAGCUGAGUUUGCCAGACAUAGUCAUGGGUCUGAUCUCCUCUUUACAGCUCAAUUAACUUAUUUUGCCCGUUAGCCAUCUUUAUGUCCCCCUGUUCAAAAUACCUUAGGAUGUAUUUUGCAUUCUAGAUUUCCCAAACAAUUCUUAAACUGAAACAAAACACAUAAAAAUGUUUUAAAACACCUGAAUAUAUUAACAGCAUUGAGCUAGUGCUUCAUUUGCUAAACAAUCCACACUGAAUAUACAAAUGCCUGUCAUUUAUGGUAAGUAUGCUGCAUUGAAACAGCAGAGAAAAGCUGGAGACAGAAAGGAGAUGGCUGACAAGACUCAUUGCUCCAAACUCUACACAGAGCUAAGAGAAAGGAGGAACAAAUUUGAUCAAAGAGCAAGCAGAAGAGUGAGUGUUAUCUAGCAUGGGAAAAGGCACCUGGGCCCAGAGCAGACAUCCGUGUCGGGGAGGGCUCUGCCAGGCAGCUCCUGUGGCCUGAGGUCCAGGACAGGCAGUCGGGGGCAGAGCAAGACUGGAAGGGCGAUGAGGAGAAAGGGACUGACACAGAAAAUAGGCAGCAGAGAAAAAAAGCCAUUUAAAGACGCUCGGCUGAACAUCGGUUUCUCUGCCAAGGAGCAGUGAAAGAACAAGGAUGACUUGGAUGGAACCAAAGGGCUGGGGGAGGGAAGGGAGCGAGAUUUGACAGCUCAGGCAGAAUAGAUCAGAAAAGAAACUGGGCAGGAGAGUCCGCAGCCUCCACAGAAAUGCUCUUUCGGGCUCAUAACUGAAGCAAAAAUUCCUGGCUCCAAUCACACUUCUGUGUGGCCUCCCAGUGAAAUGUGAAAACAAAAAUUGCUGCUUCAGCUCAGUUACUCCCCACAUCGCCUGCUUAGGUCAAGAACGGGCGUCCACAUACAGAACCUAAAGAAUUCAGUCCUGACACACACAACACCAUGAGGCCAUUUUUAAAGUUCAACUUCUAAAAAUCUAAUUAUAUUAAGAUUCUGUAAGGUCAGGCACACAAAGAUGGGCAGUUUUAGACAACUUCUGGGCAGCCUUUGCUCACUUUGACCCAGUAGUGAAGGCUUGAUCAGAUACUGCAACAUACUCACAAAGUGGCCAAACUAAGUGCACAAACUUGGUUUUGCCAUUUCCUAACUUCUGAGUGCUUGACUUUGUACAGCCCUAAUAAAGGUCUUUUAAAAGUAGUUUUGUGUGCAUAAUUGUGCGUGGGAAUUUUGCCAACUCAAACAUGAAGGAGUUCAAGAGGCUUUUCUAAUCUUGUGAGUUUAUCCACUGAAAAAAAAAGAUUUGGUUAAAAAAAUGAAGUACAGCUAAACUGGGAACAAUACUUUACUACAGGCUGUUCUUCAGUUCUUCAUAGGCACUUCAAAAUCUUAAAAAAAAAAAUCAAGAAAUUAGGAACUUAUUAAAUAAUAAAAUGUACUGAUGCAGAAACAUAAACAGAAAUGCCAGAUGUAUAAUGUCAACUUGUAAUACACUGUUUCAAUUAAUUCUUCUUAAUUCAUUUGUUUUCUUAACUUCUUUUGUUUUACCAUCUGGAAAAGGCCAUUUUAUAAUGACAGAUCAUAAGAGGAAAGAUCCAAAGUUCAAGUUUGCUUCACGGAAAAGCAGCCUUGUUUCCAUCCUCGUAGACUCUAUGUUCCUUUCUGUAGUUUUCACAACACAAAAGCUUCAGGACAAACUUAGGCCUGGACUGGGAGGCAAAAAGAUCUACAUGGAAGUUUAGUAAAGUUUUCUGAAGUUUUACUCUUCAAAGUACAAAUAUGAAAGCAGUUCUAUGGAAGGAAACGAAGCCACAGGAAAUGACAGAGUAAAUGACAGGUAUACAGUCAUUCUACAAGUGUGCAAGUGCAUGCUUAUUAAAAUAUUACAUUGAAGAGACUUCUGGCUGGCUCUUACUUGUGUUAUUUUAAAAAGUAAUCUACAUUUAUCCAGUAAAAAAAAAAUCAACCCAUUAAUAAAACAAACAAAUUUUAUAGUUAAGCAGAUUUGAGUAGUGGAAAUGCGCAAUCACUUUGUCCUCUGAAGCUAAUCAAAAUAAUAGUUACAGCACAAUGAGUAAUGUCACUUUUGCACUGACACCCAUUAGACAAAGUGAUUCAGGAUACAUGAAGCUGUCAGCAUAAUAUAAAGAAAUCUUAAUUGGACAUGGUCAAAGGACCAGCAUUGCCCUGCUUGAACAAUAAAUCCCACGAUUUAUCUAACUGUAACUGAUGAUUUAUACUAGCAUUGUGUCCCAUUGUCAGCCUCUAAUGAAGUGCAGCUAGAGAACUGCUAGGUUUCACAUGAGCAAGCAGCCUUGCUCAGUAGUUGCUCUUCUUUCUAAAAUGCCUGAACAUUGGUUUAUGCACGUAUUUCCUAAUUAGUAAAUUAAAUUUGUUGACAUGUAUCCAAUUACAAAGAAUAGUAACUGCCACAUACAGUACUGAACCAGUCUCACUCCUGUACAGAUUAUUUUAUUUUUGUUAUAUUAGUGAUUCUGACAAAAAGAAAAAAUCUCAAAUAUGUACAUGGAAAUUCACUUACCACCUGUCCCUUCUCAAUUUGCUCACUUGAGGAUUUGAGUAAUGGAUGCUAACCCAUCUCCAAACACUGGAAAAGGGGCUCUCCAACCCCAAGCUGCUCUAGUGCUGCUGUGAAGUACUAUUGCAGCUGUAACACAGCCACAGCAAACACGAAGUUCAGAGUGCUUGUUUUACAUGUUCUUUAAUUUCAAACAGAGGGAUUUUUGGUUGUGUUUUUCUCUCAGUUAUUUUAUAUAGAAAACAGAACGCAGGAUAUGGCAUUUCAGGACAUCACGUAGAACAAGAGAAGUAUAGUUUCAAAAACUUAAUACUACUACACUUAGUCACUACUGUGCCCGAUAAUUACAGAAUUGUUCCAAUUAAGAGAUGAAAGUGUCAUACACAUUUCUAAGAAAAGGGAUGACAGUUUUCUUUCCUUUAGGCAGCUGCAACAUUAAUUAUCUUAAGACGUUAACAAUCCAUUUUUGUGUGCACGCCACUACAUAAAUAUACUGACUGCUAAGUCAAGAUUAUAGUAAGAAUUGCAAGUUUCCAUGUGCAGCUAAUAGAAACCCUUUAUAGUUUAUUGGUGAGAAGAAACUAGUGAUUUGCAAAGUGAGGUUCCAACUUUAUCCCACUAACAGCAUUUCAGGACAAAAAUCAUAGCAUGGAAUACCACCAUCAAGCUAUUACAAUCCUGUAUUUUUAGAAAAUUACAUUAUGGUACAUCAAUCCCUCUCAACAUGACACACAUGGUAUUAUCUUGCUCUUCAAUCCCUAAGGCUAUUCAACAGGAACUUGAAACUGGGUGCCUGGCUUGCAUAUGCAAUUGUUCCAGUUGCACAUUCACAGCUGACAACUGCCAGUGCAGAGCAAUAGUUAUGAUCAUUCAUGCAUGGAAUAUUUGCUUUAAGAUGUGGAUAACUACAUGGAAAUAGUAGAAACCACUUUCCAUUCAUUUCCCAGUACUAGGCUUCAAGGCAUUUUAACAUCUAUUUAUGCCAAAUUUGCUCAAAGAGUGCAGACAGGAGUGUAAAGCUGCACAAAAUGAAGACUACCUAAGCAGCCUCUACUGGCUCUUACAAAAAUUAACAAUAAAUGUAUAUGCAAGUGGGCAUCUUAAAAUAACAGUACGGACAAUAAUUAGAUUAAGUAAUAACUUGAUUUCUACUAUCAUGUAUCAAUUACAGUUUUCUAAUAUCUGGUGUUAGUGAGGACACCAGACAAUAAUCUUAUUUAGAAACUCUAUGUUUCAUGCAUAACUACCUAAGAUAUACAAUGCCCUCCAGAAUAAUUAGCUUUCUAUGAAUACUUCAUGAAAACAUUUGCUCUGGUGUCAUCAUGUAAGAAACAACUUAUAAAAGAUCCAGGUGCCUUAAGAACAUCCAUCCAAUAUAAUUUUGCAAUGUAUCUACAGACUGGCCUUUUAUGAACCUUGGAAGAAAAAACAUCCUUAAGAUUUCUUUCUACUGCAUAUGAAAGAAGGGUCCGGUCAAAUGAACAGGUAAUAAGGAUUCCAACUGAUCAGUCAUUUUACUUUAAGCUCAGCAAAAGCAUUACCCAGACAAUUCAGUGCUACUGUCUGUUCAGGUUGUUGUCAGAAAUGGUUAGGAAAGACCUCACAAUUUUGUUAACUUCCAAAAUAUAAGCAGUUAAUCUAACAGUCUCUUUUAGGACUGAUGGUGUGGGUCAGCCCCAACUGCAGGCUACACUUGUUACCAACAGAUCCUUAACCAAGGUCCUCUGUUGGUCUCCUCGAUCACGUGUUUGUAAGGCAUUUAGCAAAGCAUGAGAGUGUUUUCUGGGACCUCUUUAUAAUCCUGGGGUGCAAACAACAGGAACAACUUUGCUCACAAAUGAUUUAAAGUUCCAUGUUGUCACAGAUCACUAAGAAGUGACUACUGAACACUGGAAGGAGGACAGACAUUCUGCCAGCCUUUCCCUUCAUCUGGGAGCUGCCUGUGCCAGCAAAGUCAACUGCGGUAGCUAACAGUGUGUGUAAAAUGUGCCUGGAACAUUAUUACAGAUACACUGACAACAGACCAGUUUAAAGCUUCAAUCCUCCCCCUUUACCCUGCAAAGACAGUGAUUUUUUUUUUUUUUAAACCCAACUUUUUUGAGGCUGUUUUUCAUCAGAACAAAGGGCUCUCAAAAAAAAAAAAAAAAAAACCUCUUAAAAAAAUUACUGCAUAGCUCUGUCUCCCUUCAGUAAAGGUUUUCGCAAAUAUAUUCUUCAAAGUCAUGAAAACUAACUUUGCAACACCACUCACAAUCUUUUUCUGAAAAGGUUCUUUUAAAAUUUAAUGUAAAAGUUUAAAGUUUAAUGUAAAAGUUUUCAUUAGCUUCUACUGCCUGUAAAGUACUUUUUUCUUGAUCAACUCUGCCCAAUUUGUCACACUGAGCUCACUGCUUCAUUCUUUCCAGCUCAUCUCCCAUUUCUGUGCCCUUUGCAGGCAUACUUUAAUAGCUUUGUCACUUCCACCCUGAGCAGACAAGGCACUAGCAUUUUAAAAUGCUAAAGAUACAUCUCUCAUUUGUUGAAUCUUUAGGAGGUACAUCCAGUGUUCAUAAGCUGAACACACCAGUUAAGAUUUUUUUCCUCCAAUUUUCUUAUUAAACCGCACAUAAAAUUUCCACUUAUUUGCACUUGCAAAGCAGGAAACCCUUGAGACACAAGUGGAACAAAUAUAAAGGUCAACGAGUGUAGCAGACAGGCUGCAGCCCAAACAGCUUUCUCAAGAAAUCACAGGAAUAAUAAAGGAAUGAAAGAAGUCACUUAAAAUAGGUAUCUUAAUCCUGAAACGUGUUACAAAAACUUUUGUCACCAAUGGUUUUUGGACCUACCAUCUAAGAAUAUACAGGAAUUUACCUGCUCAAAAGCUAUUUAAUCUACUGAAGUUCAACAUGUUAAAACAUAUUGAGUUUAUGUAUUUUGUACUAGAAGUAUGCUUAGAAACAAAAUUACCUUAGCCUUACUUUCAACAUGCUAUCAAGCAUCUUAACUACUGAAUCCAACUAAACUGAAAAAUAGGAAGUUACCUUGUACCUCAGCAAUCAGCAUGGUUACUCUCAACAACACUUAUGUAUAUCAGGCUCAUGAUGGGGUUGUUUGGACUGAUUUUAAAAUUAGGCUGGGAAAAAAAAAAAUAAAAAUCAUCCUGAAACAAGGCUGCAAGUUUCCUUAUGCCACAAACAAAGUUGACAGAGAACCCUGUUUCCUCCCCCCUCUAAAACUGAGAACAUGACAAAAGUAACAAAGGAAACAUCAAUUUGGGGGCUUUAUUUAAUUUUUCUUUUUUUUUUUUUUUUCUUUUUUCUUUUUAAGAUGCUACAUAGUCAAACAGGAUUGGUCUUUUACGGCAUAGGACUAGUUUACUACUAAUAUUUUUUCCCCUAGAUAGACUUAUUUACAUACAAAAACAGUUUCCUGACCACUGUUUCUCCAAUGCUCAGAUGAUCAAAACUCCCAACAAUUGUGUAGUGCCCAAAACACCAGGAGGCAGAAGAAUCUUGCAUCACUACAGCAGCAAAUUUUUAGUUCUAAUCUCUGGCUUUAAACAGGUGCCUUUUCAUACCAUAUAGUAUUAGUCAAUUUUGUGACAAUAAGGAAACAUGAGAUGAAAUACAUUAAAUAAGUUAAAUAUGCAUUAAACAUCUCUGAAUAACAUUUUAAUUCAACUAAAUGAACCAACAGCAAUGUAGCUUGGUCCCUUUAUGAGAACAAGGCAUUGACCUUUAUUCCAAAUGAGCGUCAUACCAGUCAAUAUAUGCCUCUUAAUGAUGCUUAGCACAUUCAGCAUUGCCACAUAAAAUUCUUUUCAGCUUCUCACUAUUCAUUUAAGUGCCAAGAAAUUGAUAACUUGCACAGAAUUGAAGACACUGACAGAAACUGUUAAAUUUAUGAGCAGAAUGGUGGAUUAACGUAUUUUACAGGUUAUCAACACCUCCUGCCUAACCCAGCUCCAAACAUUCAAUAGGGCCAGCUCCAGCAGUGGAGGAAUAGGUUUUUUUCUAUUUUUCCUUUUUUUUUAUUUUUAUUUUUUAAAAAGAGGUAAUCCAGCAACAUGUACCAGGGUCUAAGAAUGU